GAGCGCGAAAGUAGAGUAAGAGAGUAGCUAUAAAAUUGUUAACAGUUUCGAAUCGUCUUGUAGUGGUUUGGUAAUUUAUUUUGUCUGUUUAUUUUUUGACUCGGAUUGUACUUUUUUUAUCCAUAUAAACAAACAUGACAUGAUAACGAAUUUACAAGAACAAAGAAUCGGGAAAGCGUUUAUGCGUUUACAAUACUGCAAGAUUUACUUUGUAUACUUUUAGAGGUAUACAGUUGAGAGAAUUAAUAUAUACUGAUGGAUUCUACAUCAGAAAAUAUACUGUAUACUCCACGUAGAGUUCAAAAAUGCUUAUUUGGAACCAGCAGAAGUACAUCUAGAAAAAAUACAAAAAAGAUUCCUACAGAAUAUAACAAAACAAAUGAUUAUUUAUCUGGAGAAGAAUCAGAUCUGGGCGAGCUAGAGAAGUGCUACCAUAGUCCCAAUAAAUAUGCUUUACAACGCAAAGACUUAUUGGAUACUCGUAAAUCCAUAUCAAUUUUACAUACAAAAGCUUCUGGUAUAAAGACCCCGACAAAAUUAGAUAUGAAUGCAGUAAUGGACGAACUAAUGAUAAAAACACCUGAAAGACAUUUUGGCAAAGAAUUGCAGAACAAUAUUAUAGAUACUCCACAUAAUCAUGAAAUCCCAGAACAGAAGCUGAUAACACCAUUAACUUCGGAACAUAAAACGAUCCCUUUGCCAAAAUUACAUAAACGCAAACCUUUUGUAUCGACUAAUGUAACAAAAAAUUUGCCUCAACGAAAAGAGAAGUCAUUAAAAAGGCAUGCGUCAGAAGGAUCCCAAAGUGCUGCAAAACUAACAAAGACAGAGGAAAACAGUACUGUACCCAAAGCUAGAGCAGCUUUAUUUCAGGAUGCUAGCUAUACAACAAAAAUAAAAAACUUAAUAUUAAGUACGCACAGUUUUUAUAGUAAAUCUGAUACAGAGUCAAGAAAGAAUGAUCAAAUUUUAAAUGUAUCGCCGCCACUACAACGAUUACAGCAACGAAAACAUUUUUCAGGGUAUUCGCACCAUAAUAAAAAAUUACAGAAAAGACACACAAUAGGCGGAGUUAAUGGUGGAGUAUCUCAUGGAAUUAGAAAACCAAAAGCAAAAUCUAGUUUAAGUAUUACAAAAGAUAGUAUAAAAAAGUGUAUGCAGAACGAUAUAAAUGUAGAGAGAGAAAACGAAAUUUCUGACAUAACCACAAUACAACUUACUAGAACACCUGACACAAUGUUAAUUGAAAGAUCUCCAACACCAGAAAUUGAUCUUAAUAAGCGAUUCUUCAAAAUUAAAAGAUCUUCGAAGCAAAACAAAUCAGCUAUGGUAACGAUAAAUAAUAACUUGAAAUUAAAAGUUGCAUCGAAUGGCAAAUUGUCAUUAAAUCAAGAGAAUUUACAAUAUGUUCAUCAAACAGGGAAACGAUCAAAGUUAAUGGACAUUUCAUUUGAUACUACUGAUUUAACAGUAGAUAAUCCUGAAUUGGAAGAUACUAUAGAGAAAAAUAAAGUUGCAAAUAUACUGAAAGCUUUGGAAGACGAUUGGGCAAAUGAUGACUAUGAUACAAUGGAUGUACUAACUACAAAACAGUUUGGACACAUUUCUCCAUUAAAGCCAGUAGCAAUUCUGAACGAUGUAACUAUGUCUCCGGCCAGUGAACUUAGUAACAUGACAUCAACCAUGAAUAUUACGGAUAUUAGUACAUCGACAUCCGAAAAUAUUCCUUUAGAUAAUAAUGAAAAUAAUAUUGAAGAAAAAGAACCACGAUACUAUCCAUUAUUUAAUAGAGGUUCCUCGUCCAAUAAAGUAUACGAAGACCUCAGCAAAAAAUCAGUAGACAAUACGAAAAGUACAAUAAGUUGGCAGUUAUCAACAAAACAGAAUGGUAAUGAUAAUCAGUACCAAUUAGAUGUUGGACAAAAAAAUUUUGGUGCAACACAGUGUACAGAAUGUGGUGUUGUAUAUCAAAUUGGUGAUCCUGAAGAUGAAAAUGCUCAUUUAAAUUAUCACAAUAGUAAAAAAAGUCUGAAAUUUCCGGGUUGGAAAACAGAACGUGUAAUUAUGGAAGAUCCUUUCACGAUGAGCAGAGUUAUCUUAGUGGAGCCGAGUGAUGCAAAACAAUAUUGGAACAAGAUAGCUGAUGUAUUAGCAUAUGUGAACAGAGAUUUAGGAUUAGUUGACACGAAAUUAUCAGACUACGAGCAUAAAAAAGUUUACUUAUAUAUAAGAGACAAAAGUAUCCUCGGGGUUUUAGUUGCAGAACAUAUAAACACCGCGCAUCGUAUGAUUCCUGAUUUACUGGAAUUAAAUUGUUGUACAGCAGAAAGUACACCUGCGAAAUGUGGUAUAAAUGUUGUAUGGACUGAUAUGAAACAUCGUAGACAAGGAAUUGCUUCUAAAAUGGUUGACAUAUUAAGAUCUCAAUUUUAUUAUGGUUAUAUUAUGUCACUGGAUGAUAUUGCAUUUUCAAUUCCAACACCAAGUGGAAAAAUAUUUGCUGAAAAAUAUACGAAAACUCGAAACUUCAAAGUUUAUAAUUAAAAUCUGGUAUGGACUUUUAUAUCUUUCUUAAUAAAAUAAUGUAAUAUUU